AUGAGGCAUCUACUCUCUCGCCUACCCUUCACCCAUUAUCUGGAACAGCAGUCACCGAUCGAGAUUAAAAACGCCCUACUCCGUUGGUGCCAAUUAAAGACGGCCCUUUAUCCCCAGAUCAACAUUGCCAAUUUCACCUCCAGUUGGAGAGAUGGUCUGGCGAUGUGCGCCCUUCUGCAUCAUCACCGACCCUACCUCAUUGAUUUUGCUGCUCUCGCAUCAGCGACCACAUCGCCAAUAAGUCGUCUUUCGGAGGCUUUCGCUUUGGCAAAAAAGGCCUUCCAAAUACCCAUAAUCGUCAAUCCAGCUGACUUUAUUGCUUGGAGUAAUAAUGAGCGUUGUGUGGUGGCUGUAGUAGCUACUUGGUAUUAUCAGUUGAACAAGGACCAUGAAUUUAAAAAGUCUGCUUCGCGUUUGGCUGUAGUGCUUGACAGGGUGGUCACAUCGGAACGGAGGAUGCUAAUGUAUGUGAAAGAGGUCUAUAUCCUUCGAAAGUGGAUGAAAACAAGCAUGAGGUAUCUUGAGGAACUAAGCAAAUUUAGCGAUGCAAAACUCAUUUCCAGCAAGCUUGCCCAUUGGCAAGAAAUCGAGAAGAAAAGGAAAGUGGAGGAACUUGGACAGAUCGAGGCGGCCUGGUUACAAUUAAAAAUGCAGAAUCUUGCCUGGGGAUACGUUUCGCCCUCUCCACCAGCAGGAUUUGACUACCCAACAAUUUAUAGGACCUGGGAGCAAUUUGGUGAAGUUGAAGCCGCAUGCAUGAAACAGAUUUGGCAAGGUCAAAAAAUACAGUCUCUAAAAAAACAGGAGCUGGAUAAAUUUUGCAAAAAAGCUGAAGUGCAUAAGCUCUGGCUUCUUGAAUGCGAUCGCCUAUUCAACUUAACUAUCCAAACCGAUUUUCAAGGAGUUCAUACCAGCCUUCAAAAAUGGUAUAGCAAGUCUCAGAUUUCCACAGACUUGCUCAAACAUCAAAGAGCUCUUGUUCAGAGGGGACUUCAGAAGAACACAGCGCUGGUUGCAGAUGCGGAGGCGCAUCACAACCAAAAAAUGAAAAUCUUAUUUAACUCAAGACCUUAUGAUGGUAUUUUCUACCAAAUCCGCAGAUAUUGGAAAGUUUUAACCGACAAAUUUCAUAGACGAGACGAAUUUUUGCGAAAACGACUCGCCUGUCUGGACAAACUCCUCAAAAUCGUUGGCUUAACAGAGGAGCUGGAAAUAAUUAGGUCCCAAGUAUUAAAUCAAAAUCCCACUGAAGAUGAUCUUAAUAUUUGGGAGAGUAAGUACAAUGCUGCAGCUGAAAAGGUAUCAAGCAUGACUUUCGAUUGGAAUUUUAUUGCUCAAAUAAAGUGGGAACGCAUUGUUGGAUGCUGCUAUGCCCAAUUUUGGGGUGUCAAUUGGGCCAUUGGGUGUAUUCUGCUUUGCUACAAGAACUUUUAUUUGGAAACCGCCAAAUGUGCUGAGCUGUAUUGCAACAUAUGCAAAAGUUUGACUACCACUGAGGACCGGAUCGAACAUACGCGUGUCUUAUUUGAGUUAAUAGGACAAACACCAAUUAGUGUGUUUAGCAUCAGAUCUAUCGAUCCCUUUGCUCCCAUUCUAAGUAAAGCGAGACUUCUCAUCCACGAAGCUGACGAGGAGAGCGUUGGAUAUAGUGUCCUUACUGACGACACUACUGAUAUGAAGUCAAGGAAAUUCUGUGCAAAGACCAAGUCUUCACAAUCAGCAACAAAUUUGUCAAAUUCAAUGUUACUCAGACGAUCUAGAAGCCUGGAGAUCAUUCCAGAAGGCCAGAUUGGUUACGAAUCAUCAAGAAAGCAACGCAACGCUGUUGCUGUUAGAAUCCACAAAGAAUUUAAGCCAUGGCAUUUAACGGGUUUAGAUGCUAUACGGCGGUUGAAGGCAAGCUUUCAACAGAAGUUGGUCCUAAAGAGAAAAGAAACAGAGGAGAAAAGAGCAAUGCUCUACGCAAAGACGGAGAGACUGCAUGGAGAACUAUCUACUCUGCAAAUAGUAGUUGAUCUUCUUACUUCCAUACCAGAAAUUCAGACGGAGACAAAUGAGAUAAGGGAAUGGAUUCGUCAUGAAAUUGCCUAUUUUAUGGAAUCUCCCAUUCCAGACAUAUUGGCAGAGUUGUUGAACUAUCUUGACGUAUCAGCCGAAUGCUGGUGGGAGGGUCUCCCUGGAUUAGGCGCAGUAUUCUUAAGAAACAUGCACAUUCAGUCAAGAAUCAGGCAAAAGUGUAUGAUCCUGGAGAAGAUAAUUGACCUACGAAAAGUUUUGAACAGAAUUGAAUAUCGCUUCCUACAAAACAAUGGUGUCAAUCCUGAAGACCAACCACAAAAUGAUGAUUCAAGCAGUUUCCGACGCAUAGCAGUUCAAACACAAGCAGCCAUCCUUUCGGAGCUGACUAAAAUGCAUCAAAGCUUGAACGAAGUUAAUCAAGAAGCUACAAAACGGCAUGAGCAGCUUUUAGUUGAGCAGGCUAAAAUGCAUGCCAUUCAAAGGUGCUGUGAAUUGCUGCAAUGGAUCCGCCAAAGUCAAAAGUGCCUCUCAAAAAUCGAGUUUCCUUUCCUCCAUAUAUCAACGAAAGACUUCACUGAGUUCAGUACCCUUAUGAUGAAUGAGCCGUUCCUUGUGGCACUGGAAAGGGAGAUUACUUUUCACACUAAGGCAUCUCUUCCGGUCCUCCAUGAAUUUCAAGAUCGCAUUCCCAGUGAUUCCUUGUGGAGCUAUUUUCUUGAACACAUUUACGAUGCUUGGAAUGACCUCAUUCACUUCGCUAGGAUGAACCGUCUUUCUGUGGAUACUGCAAAACGUCUCCAGCACCUUAACGGGCAGUUACUUAGCACCAUAUGCUGGAUAAAACAUAAGAAGGAGUUACUUAUCACAACAGGUGAGACAAAGAACACUAUGAGAGAGAUGAUUCGUAUGGAAUGUCGGAUGGCUGGAUGGGAGACUGACCUGAAUGCUCUCAAAGAACAAGUGAGACAGGUGUUUGGAGAGGUAGACGCGUUGAACGUUGCAUUAGAGGAACUUCAGUCGCCUUUGAGUGGGGAGUCAGAGAAUAGAGUGGCUAUACGAGCUGCAAAGCUAACCCUAAAGGAACUUAACUCGAAAUUAUACCGAGACUGGGAGGAAUUUAAAAGUCUCCUUGAUGAAUACCAAAAACGACUAGAGGCUUCGCUAGCCUUUCAGAACAUGCUACAGGAGCUGGAAGCAAUGAAUACCGCAUUAAUGAACAAGCAUAACGCAAUCAACUCGCUGGAGCUGCCAUCCUCAAUCAGCGAAAUCAACGAGCAGAUGGAAGUCUUUCAUACUAUCAAUACCGAGUUGGAAGGGCUAGGUGAAAAGAUGGAUGCCUUAGCUGCGCACGGAGAAUACUUAGCUACAGGCCAGGAGGAAGUGGUAGCAGUAACAGUGAAGGAGAGACUCGACGCUCUUAAAACCGAGUGGUCGGAUCUGAUCAUCCUGUGCAACCAUCAGCUAGGCCGCUUGGCGCACCAGCAUGACAUUAAAGUUAGAGUUCAGAAUCAUAUGCUUACUAGUGGUGUAAAAACAAUUUUUAUUUCUACCGCAGUAGCUUGA